UGCCCUUGGUUGUGGGGUCGCUGUUGGCACCAGGGCCGGAGUCAUGGCAAACUUACUUCACUUGGUGCGCGACCACUGGGUGCAUCUGCUUGUCCCUGUGGGCUUUGUCUUCGGAUGCUACCUGGACAGGAGGAGCGAUGAAAAGCUCACAGCUUUCCAAAACAAGAGCAUGCUGUUUAAAAGGGAGUUGAGGCCUAAUGAAGAAGUUACCUGGAAAUAAAGUCACAGGAGGUUCACCUUUUGCAACUUGC